AUGUCGAGCGUUCCAAGGAAUAUACCUGUCCGAAAAUUGGAUGUGGAAAAGUGUUAUCCAUCCAAAUUGGGUAAACACGAAGACUCCCACGUUAAGUUGGAUGCAGUCGAGGCAUUAUGUUCAGAACCAGGCUGUAUGAAAUAUUUCACGAAUAAACAGUGCCUUAUGGAGCAUCUCUUGUCUUGUCAUCAGUACAUUGCCUGUGAGCUAUGUGGUGCCAAGCAGCUGAAGAAGAACAUUAAGCGUCAUCUUCGAACACAUGAAGUUGGGAUUUCCUCGGAGAGAAUCAGGUGUAGUUUCGAUGGUUGUGUGCAUAAAUUUUCAAAUCCAUUUACCUGUACCGUUCCUGGUUGUGGCAUGAAAUUUGCAUUCAAACACGUGAGAGACAACCACGACAAAUCUGGGUGCCAUGUCUACACUCAGGGAAAUUUCGAAGAGGCUAAUGAGCAAUUUCAAUUAAGAUCAAGAGGUGGCAGGAAAAGAAAGUACCCGGUUAUUGAGACUCUGAUGCGGAAAAGGGUUAUACCACCUAGUGAAUCAGAUCCUGUUAUGCGCGAGGGUCCACAAUACUUAUCAUGGUUACUUGAUGCAGAAUCUGAGGAUUAG